AUGGCUGAAUGGCUGUCGCUUCCUUUGUCGCAUUCCUCUUGUUUCCCUUUCUUGUUCUCUUCCCUCUUCUUCUCUUCUCUUCUCUUCUGUUCUUCCCUUCCUUCACUCUCCCUCUCGCCUGCUUGCUUGCUUGCUUAUGUCACGCCCUUCUUGUGCUUGCCUGUUGUUUUCAUUGUUUGGCGCUGUGUACGGCUGAACACGUUCUUGGUGUGGUUGGUGGAUGUGUGCUGCUGCUGCUGCUGUGUGUGUUUGAUUCUGGCUUGUGACUGGAGGGUGUUGUUUGAUGUGCAGAGGGGUUGGCUGUUGUUUGGUUGGCUUGGCUUCCUGUUGCAUUUGGGCACUGCUGUGUGUGUGGAUGUGUGGAUGUGUGUGUGUUGA